AUGUCAACUGAAAAAGCACCUGAAACUUCGUCCACCUCCAAGAGCGAUGGCGAAGUAUUCCAACUUGAAGCACUUUCCUUAAAUUACCUACGAAGCCAAAAUAUUUUAGCAAUUCCGGAUGAUAACCAGUUACCAAGACUCCACCCGUGCAAGCUCUGUAAUAAAGCCAUACUAAAUUUCCGAUUCGAAGCUUUCACAGUAUUGUGUUGUGGGCAUCUGCUCCAUCGAAUCUGCCUUGAAACCCAUAUCAUACGAGGCGGGGUACGAGAACCUUCAUGUCCAACCUGUAAUUGGGGUAUCGAAAUUAAUAGAGAGGAGCUUUCUCUAGCUUUAGGUGUGUAUCGUAUAGAGUCUAAAGAUAAUGAUAAGGGACAGGCUUCCCAACAAUCGAAUGUAACCAUUACUGAUGAAGAUGAUGAUGGAGGAUUGGAAAUUAUGCGAAGUAUGGGAUUGAUAGAAGAGGACUCGGCUACAGCUGAGAAAACAAAACCAGUUAAUACGGAGGAUCGUGGGACAAGCCCGAUUGCUAGCGAGGUGCAGGUCAAUUCAACCGAUCAAGAUAAUGCAAAUGAAAUCGCAGGUUCGUCCUCACCAUCACUCAAACGUCCCUACCAACUACCAUCUGGAAAUUCGCAGUCUACUAAAAAAGUUAAAAAGAGUAACGAAAAGAAGGAUGGGUCAAAGAAUCGAAAUGAGGUUUCCUCGAAUGUAGCAAAGAAGCUUAUAGAGGAGUUAUCUACCGAAACAUCCCAAAUAUCGGAAGUUGUGGAAGAGAGUACUGGUAAUUUUCACGACUUAUAUGUUGCAAUCAAUAAAGCCGAAGAACAAAGCGG